AGAUGGCAAAUAGAAACCUUGCAAACGCCCUGAAUUUAAAUACUUGGAUAAUGAACAGAGCACGAUUCAACUUUGAUAAAACCUUCCAUUUCUGAGUAUUCCUACUAAAGGUUUUUUUUCUGACGAUGUCAGUAGGGUUAGAUUCAAGAUGGGGGAUGACUGGUACCCGCUCCAUAAGAGUCAAACACCAGAAAUGUGAUGUUUAAUUCAUUGACAAUAACUCCUAAAGCAAUCUGUGAUCACUGAAAUUUUGCAAGAAAAACCAAAGGAAAGAAGCACCGUUUAAAAAAUCCGAUGAUCUAGUGGCAGAAAAAGAGUUUUAUUCAUUAAGAUACAUAAUGAAAUUGGGCUAUGCAUGGAUUCUGUGGUUGGCUUUGGAAAUUGCUGUCCUUGUAAACGCAGACUUGUCUUCAGACUCGUCCAAAAGAGAUGAUUUACUGGGUCUUGAUUUAGGACUGGGAGGUGAUCUCUUUCAUUCAAACUUCGGAAGUGAUCUUCUGAAGGAAAACGUAAAACAAGAUGACGCACAUUUGAGAGCGGCGUUUCCUGUAAUGGAUGCCUUCAAGGAACACACGCUACUGUCGGCAGAUGAUCUGAAAGAAAAAGUCGAGAAUAGUUACUCAGAUAAAGAUGGAAUCCGUGAGGCGGUUGACGAAGCUUUGAUGAAGCUUCAUAAGAAGAAAGAAGAAGCGGCGGCUGAUGCCAAAGUUUCGCACGUGCCACACAAAACUCAUGUUGUAACAGCUAAAGAACUAAUAGACGAGGUGGUGAAGCAGGAGAUCGCAAACCAUAUAGACCCCAGCACUGCCACCUCUGACGUUCCGAAAGAUGUUAUUGAUAACGACGAGUUGAAAAGAAAACUGCAUCAAAAGCUGGAAGAAAUCACAAGGAUUGAGACGAAGUUGUUUUCUCUGAUUCGUGAUGUGAAAGGGUUUUUGUUGACAAAGAAGUCUGAAGAGGGGGCUGGCAGAGAUGACAUCGAUAACGUUUCGUUUGACACUUUAGUUUCAAAACGUAGCGAAAUUCCAUUCAACAUCAAUCGAUUCCGUGAUAACACAAGUUUGGUGGAGGACUUUAUCCGUGAUGCUCUGAAAGACGACUUCACCAUUAAUCACAGUGCUCUCGGUGAUAUAGAGAAUGAAUCAGGGGACAACAGCGACGCUAAACAAGGGGAUGCCAGAGAUUUGCUGGGGAAAGAAGAGACAGAAAAGGCGUUGCUUAAAGAGGCAAUCCCUGGGGAGAUCGAAGACAUCCCUAUGUCGAGUUUAGAGCGGGAAAUUGACGAAAACGACUCGGUUGCUAGUGAUCAUGGGAUUACUCGUGACGCUCUUGUGGAAUCUCCGCUGUCAGAUUUGGAUUAUAAGAAAGUUACUGGCAAGAGAUCCCGGCAUUUUGUUUCGUAGAGAUGGAAACGACUGCAACAACAUCUUCGCCACAAUCUGUCACUUACUCUAAAGAGAAUUUACUAUAUGCGUAUCCCUUGGAAGGUUGUGUAAGACUUCCGAUCUCAACGGGUCAGUGAUGGCGGGAUUUGAAGAGUCGCUUCAGAAGUUGUAUCUGUACCUCAAGUAGGUUCAUUACCUGAUUACCACACUAAACAGGGUAAAAAGGGAAAAGAAUUUAAAAGGCGUUGCACUUUGUUGAAAGAGAACAGAUUAGCCUCGAGACUCCAUGCCCACUUAAUUAACAAUUGUGUUUGAAAGGGGCUCAACCCUCCGAAGAGAUACGUUGUAACAAUUUUUGUAGUGUUAUUGCUAAAUUUAUAAUGCAAGGCUAAGCAAGGUGGUGUGUGUGUAAGUGUGUGAGUGUUGGGGAAGAGGAUGGGAGGGGAGGGAGGAGAGUCUGACCUGGAAGGUCUUACUUUGAAAAUGUAGUUAAUCAUUACGACAUAGGAUCCUAAAAUAACAAUAAAUUUAAUGAAGGCGCUGGUGUCGAAUUCUUUUCCCCUUUCGUUCGGUGUAUGCUCUUGCAAUUUGAGAUAGAAAUCUGCUUAAAAAUGCCAGUAAGGUUUCGUGAGAUUAUUUUCACGGUUUGGACCAUGUAAAGAGGGUUCUGUCCUUUGCAGCUCUUUCGAUAAAUUAUCUCGCGACACUUGGUUUACAUAAGAUACGUUCCAGAACUUCACCAUGUAAUUCCCAUUUUACUUUUUAUUCAUAAAUACUUGCCUGAAAUUUUAUAGUUAUAAUAUAACAGGUCCAAUUAUAUAUCAAAAUAAUUAAUAGAAAUCAUCUGUUCUGUCACUGCUUCAGGCCACGGCUAACGCUCUUCAAACAGUUUUUAAGUUGAUGAUGGCUGCACAGUCACUCUGUGUUUGUUUUAAAAUGCACAUACAAGCAUGUUUUUUACUCGUGACCAUGUGUGGAUAAACUUCCGGACUCACUGAUCCCACAGAGAGAAACAACCGCACACAAAGAAAGCCAAACAAACAAGAAAAAAACUAUCACGAAACGCGUUCGCGACCUCACAAUGCGAAUUCAACGAUUAACAUAGAAAGCGACAUAUUCUCUGCAUCGUCGUAUUACAUUAAAAUAUAUAUUCAUUUA